UCACUAAAAUAGAGUACAAUUUGUCUGGUUGUGUAUGGUUUCAAAGUUCCCGCAUGUUAUAGCCGAAGUCUCUCUUGCCAGCUUAACACUUCAAGUUAAACGAGUUGUUUUGUUCCCCCUCUCGUCACUCACUCUUUCCACCAAGUGCGACCGUCACCGUCGGAUCUGCACCAGUUAAAAACCAAAAAUGUUGCCCUACGCCACUCUCGAAGAAGCCGCCACGGCGCUGGGUCGUAACCUGACGUUUGCGGAGACAUUAUGGUUCAAUUACUCGGCCAAAAAAUCGGAUUACUAUCUCUACUGCCACAACAUUCUGUUUUUAUUCAUGAUCUUUUCGGUUGUGCCUGUUCCCAUGGUGGCCAUUGAGCUUCUGCGAUUUAGUAGUUUUGAUAAGUACAAGAUUCAGCCUAAAGUUAGGCUCUCUUCUUCGGAGAUGUUUGGAUGUUACAAGGAUGUUAUGCGCAUGUUCUUUCUUGUUGUUGGCCCACUUCAACUCAUGUCUUAUCCCUCCAUCAAGAUGAUUGGGAUUAGAACUGGGUUGCCAUUGCCAUCGGGAUGGGAGAUUUUUGUGCAGUUGGCAGUGUACUUUAUGGUGGAGGAUUAUACAAAUUAUUGGAUCCAUAGAUUUCUCCAUGGGAAAUGGGGGUAUGAGAAAAUCCACCGUGUUCACCAUGAAUACUCUGCGCCAAUUUCAUAUGCUGCGCCAUAUGCGCAUUGGGCUGAGGUUUUGAUCCUUGGGAUUCCAUCUUUUCUGGGUCCAGCAAUUGUUCCUGGCCACAUGAUUACUUUCUGGUUGUGGAUCGCUUUGCGGCAGAUUGAGGCUAUUGAGACUCAUAGCGGGUAUGACUUCCCCUGGACUCCUACAAAGUAUAUUCCAUUUUAUGGUGGUGCAGAUUACCAUGACUAUCAUCAUUACGUGGGAGGACAAAGCCAGAGCAACUUUGCUUCUGUUUUCACCUAUUGUGAUUACAUUUAUGGAACUGAUAAGGGCUACCGAUUUCAAAAGAAGGUCCUUAGCAAGAUCAAAGAGAACUAAGUGGAAUUGGUAAGCAGAAUGGAGGCUUUUAUCAAGAUCUUAAAUCAGAGUAAUAUUCUGACCGCAGAAUCCUUGUCAAGAACAAUGCACUCCUGUCAUAUAUCUUACUGGUGACUGCGCCUGGAAAUCUCUGAUUUCAAGUGGACUUUUCCUUGCCAUUUUCGUAAAAAUAGAAUUCUUUAACUUGGGAUUGUGAUUUUGUGUAGUUUGAGGGGAGCUGAAGUCCGUGUUGUUAAGGUUUAGAGAAUUUAUGGUCUGAGGAUACUGGAACUAGGGCUUGUCUUUAUAAUCUUGAUAUAAGUUUUCCCUUAGUUUUGAAACA